UUAUAUGCUCGAAGUUCUCUGAACAUAACCUAUGAAAAAAUGGUGUUGAUUAUGAAGUAAUCAUUGAUGGGUAGCACAUUGUGAAAAGAGAUGACAGAUAAAAAUUAUUUGAGUAUUGAAUUUCUGUGUACGAUUAUGAUUUUACUUUGUGUGACAAAUGUUUUUGUUGUUUCGCAAAAGUCGUCUUCCGUUGGUAACGAUGCACCAAGUCCAGAAGAGAGAAAUAAUUUAGAGCCGACGUUAAAAAUUUUAUAUUGUUACUCGUGUGGGUAUCGAAAGGUGUUUGAGCAGUAUGCAGCCAUGCUACAGCAGAAAUAUCCAGAGAUUAAUGUAGAAGGUGAUCUCUACCCACCCUCAGAUUAUAAUGUAAUGUUAGCUAGAGCUCUGGGAUCUGUCAAAGUGCUGCUGAUCGUGUGUAUCCUUGGAAGUGUAAAUAUCUUCAGUUGGCUUGGUCAGCAAGCACCCUCAUGGUGGACAUGGUGUACCACAAACAAGUUGUAUUCAUGUGUGAUGAUAUUUUUUCUUUGUAAUGCAAUAGAAGGACAAUUAGUAUCAACUGGAGCUUUUGAAAUCUCAUUAAAUGAUAAACCUGUGUGGUCUAAACUUGAAAGUGGAAAAAUUCCUCAGCCUCCAGAGUUGUUCAGAAUAAUAGAGAACCACAUGCACACUGCAUGGUUGCAGUAUCGUAGAAAACAUACCACUGCUGCGUUGUCAUUGGAAGUUAAAGGGAAAGUGUGGUUGUGUCGUGUAAUAAUGGUGGAAGUUCGGUACCUGUCUUUCACACUUUUCGUAUUUUUUGCUGUUUUCACAAUUAAAGAUUUAUUUGUUCAGUCGGAAUCGUCGGAACUAGACACGAAGGAAAUACCCGUGACGAGGGUGGGAUCAAAUAAGUUUAUCGGACCGACAUUAAAAUUCCUGUAUUGCUUUUCUUGUGGGUAUCAGAAAGCAUAUCAGGACUAUGGGAAUAUUAUACAUGGAAAAUAUCCAGAAAUCACAGUAGAAGGUGAACACUAUGUCCCCCCUGGUUAUAACAUGUUUCUUGCAAAAGCAUUGGGAAUUGGAAAACUGCUUAUAAUAAUGUGUAUACUGAGUGGGGUGAAUAUUUUUGAUUUCUUUGGACACAUAGAACCAUCGUGGUGGAAGUGGUGUGUGGAGAACAAACUUUAUUCCUGUAUGAUGUUAUUUUUCUUGUGUAAUGCCCUGGAAGGGCAGUUGGUUGCAACUGGAGCGUUUGAAAUAUAUUUUAAUGAUGUGCCUAUUUGGUCAAAGCUUGAAACAGGCAGAAUACCUCAACCACAAGAGCUUUUCCAGAUUAUUGAUAAUCACUUGCAAUUCCAAACAGAAGUAGGAGCAAAACCUGGAUUUGCAAAAUAAUGGAUAAAUGAUCACUCAGGAAUGUUCUGUAUUGCUGCCUAUGUAGAUAUAUACAAAUAUGAGAUCUACAGAUGCCUUCAUUGACAACUUUGAACAGAUGUAGCUUUCAAAGUCUGAGUUUCCAUGAAUGCUAAAAUCCUUUUAGACUAACCAUAUAGAAAAUUUCUCCCUUGUACUGGAAUGUGGUGUGCAGUGUUUAUUUUGUUAUGGAACUGACAGUUUGCUUUAAUGUGAUGUAGCAUUCUGGUGUUAUCAUCACUGUUGUGUGUGAUUUUUACAAUGGAGACGUAGGUGAUUUCAUUUGACUUGAGUACAGAGUUAAUAAUGUUAUUAAAAGAAUUUCAUGAACUUUGAA